GUCCCACAUUGUACGAACAUUCCAUGUACCUAAAUAAAUGGUCGCUCUGGUUGUCAGAAGGGGCAUCGGCCUCGUAACUUCCGAAGGAAUUCGGCUUUCAUCAUGAGGCGUCAUAAUUCUUCUAAAUGAAGAUCUUCUGACUCCCAGGGCAGAGUUUAAAAGGUUUGAAUAUUUUUUUCUGGUUAGCGUUUUUUUAGCGAGUUAGUUUUCUACGGGAUGGGGUCGCUAAUCCCAUGCCCAACCCUCCUCCUUUAUCCGGGCUUGGGACCGGCAGUAGCCCCUGGAGGGACUCCAGGCGGAGUUAAUGAAUUAACUAGCUGGUAGAAUAUUAGCUCAUAUAGUUAAUUAUACAUUUAUCAUUAAAUAUUAUCCCAUUGAUUUAUUGUAGUGUUCGUUUUUGAAUAGACUGAUCAAGUUGUUUUCUUCUUUCUUUCUGUUUCUUAUAUAAUGCUUUAUCUGAACUCUUCAUCACAAUUAUGAACAGAUCGUGAUUCUAAUAUUCGAUCACAAUGGCGUGAAGUUAGUGUAUGUGGUUCUGUAUAUGAAAUGCGAAGUAAUCGUUGCGUACCAACUAAUUUGGUUAAAGAAGAUAACAUUCUCACUGAUAUGACAAUCAUAGAUCUAUGCGGAGUAACUUUAUUAUGGCGAUCUAGAUCAGGAUUAAAAUAUACAGCUUGUCCAGAGGAUUUAAUGAAAAUGAUCAAUGGAUUGAAUCAAGCUCAUAUUCAAUGUCCUGUCCUAUAUCGUACAUUGAAACUUCCACUUUUACCUCAAAGUACGCAUUUUUCACCUCAUUCUGAUGUAGUUAAUAUGGAAAAUAACAAUGGGAUAUUGAAUAACGACAAUGCACUAUCUAAACUAGAAUCAGAUCAAAUUAGUCCUGAUCAAAUGCCUUAUGUGUAUGUAAGCUGUGGUCAUGUACACGGUUGGCACAAUUGGCGUGCAGUUGGUGAUGUAAAUAGUCGUCGAACAUGUCCAUUAUGUUUACAAGCAUCAUUGUUUAUCCCAUUACGUAUGGGCAUUGAAUCAGCAUUCUAUGUUGAUCGUAGUUUAGCUACGCAUUGUUUUAAUCCUUGUGGACAUAUUGCUUCAGAAAAUACUGUACGAUACUGGUGUAGUUUACAAUUAUUAAAUCGAUAUAAUUUUGAAUUACACGCAAGAUGCCCAUUUUGUUUGACACAAAUACAUUCAAAACCAGUGAAAUUAUUAUUUCAAAGUGAUUUAUCAGAAGAAGAAUUUUUGGAAUUAAUUAAAGAACAAUUAUACGUGCGUACAUUAAAUAUGGAAAAAUACGAAACAUUAUCACGUUCUAUCCAUAAAAUAAAUAAUAGAUCAUCAAAAAUUAAUUCAUCACAAUCCCAUUCCAUUCCUAAUAAUAAUAGUAGUAAUAACAGUAAUCAAGAAUCUGUUCAUUCAUCUUCGUCUUCCCCUCCUCAUCCUCAUCUUACAUCUUCUUCCUACAACCAUGAUGAUCGUCUUCAUUCUUCAUCGUGUUCAUCAUCUGAUGAAGUAUUAUUAUCUUCUACAUCAUCAUUAUCACAAAUUAUAUCAUCAUCACCAACUACCUCUUAUUUAUUAAAUAAUAUUCAUUCAUCAAAUAAUCCUUGUCGAUCAGCAGCAGUAGUAGUAGCAUCACAAGAAAAUUCUAAUUCUUUACGAUUAAAUGAAAAUCAUUCAAUCAAUCAUGAUAAUCUUAAUGUUCCACAUUCAAACUAUACACCUUGUUUAUAGUUUAACUAAAAUUAUUUCAUCAGAUUGAUUUUCGUUUUACUUGUUUUUUUCUCUACUGGACUUUCAUCGCUAACAACUAAAACAAUUUUUACUUCUAGAGAGAGAGAGAGAAAUUACCAAAGUAAUCCAAAUUGUAACUAAGCACAUUAUUUCAAAUUCAUCUGACUUUUUUGUAUGCUCAAAUAUUUCACUUAAAACGUUAUCCCUAUUAUCAUCAUCAUCAUCAUCAUCAUCAUUCUCAUUAAUGUUUUGAUUCUUCAAACACCUCUACGCAUUAUUUUGAGGGAAAUAAAUUCAUUUAUUACAUACAACACUAAUUCACUUCACUCGGCUUUUUUUCUAAUGGAAUCAAAAAUAAUGUUAUGUUGUUGUACUACUAUUUUUACCCAUAUUUCCUUUCCUUUUUAUAUCUUUUAACAAAACAAUCUAAUGUUAAAUGUUUGUUGGUUAUAUUUCUCAUUACUGUUUAUCAAUGUAUUUAAUAUCAUAUUAUUAGUUUUCAAUAGUUAAAAAUAAUAUCAUUGUUAACCUUGUGUAAUUACACAUCUCAAUCCCUUUUUUUCAUACUAUCCAAAAUGCAUUAUCCAUACAAUUUAUAUUUUCUAAGUAACCGGUACCAGUUAGGUAUACAUACAUACUUAUUCAGUCUUACUGAUUGUGAUUGUGUUAAGCUGAAUUUCUUUUAUUUGUUUAUGUUCAUCGGAACAGUUUUCCUCCAAUAACUUGUAAGUGUAACAUCUAUCACUACUUUUCCGUAUUGUCUUUCUUUUUUUUUUCUUCUAAAUUGUUUACUUCAGUGACUUUCUUCACUACAGUGAUUAUUGUUUGUUUGUUUGUUUGGUAAUAUGAUCAAUAUAUGUGCUUUUUCUUGUACUUGUAUGUAUGCAUUUUAGUGAAAAGUUACUUUUAAAUUUGGCUUUAUAUUUGUAUUUUGUUCUUUAUUUUUCUUCGUUUUUUUUCUUCAAUAUUAUCAUUUCAAACAAAUAAUCAUUUUUAUCACUGCUUUUUAUCCUUGUUUUUUUCUAGUAUUAGUAUAUAAAUAAAAGGGCAAAUUUCAUAGGUUUUUAAAUGAUCUACCAUCUGUAUAUGUAAUUUGAAUGAUUUAUCCAAUGAUAUCGGCUAUAUCUUAAAUUCAGUCUAUGAUUAUCAUUUAAACUUUUCAGUAAUCCAUUGAAAUUGAAAAUCUACUUGAAUAUCGAAGUUUCUUUUAUACAAUAUUCGUCCGUAUACAUAUUUUACUUCCCAUGUUCUAACUUUAUAAUGAGUGAACCAUAAACAAUAUAUAUUUUCCUAUUUAUUCAGUGUAUUAUACUUAAGCUAAACCCGUUUGGACAACAAUGCUAAUGAAAGCUAAAUUCGGACUGAAUUGGAAGUUUAUUUCAGAUAUUCAUUUACACAGAUAUGGUAAUAGGUGUAAUGUGGAGAAAGAAUUCUCAGCCUACUCAAUUUGACUAAAACGUAACAUGCUCA